AUGAUCCUCGAUGAAAGCAAUGUGUUGGCGGAUGAAACGAAGUUGACCUACGUCUUUGGCGUCAACCAAGCUACGCAUGAGCAUCUUGAGCGCACUUCGCUGUUUCUGCGAACGAUUCUGCAAAAGGUUGCCGGUGCUCCGCCAAAGACUGACGCCAAGGGCAGAAAUGCAGCCGAGAGGGAAUUGAGACAGAUAGUUCUGAGGUUCAAUCGGCCGAGAGUGAGGUUCUACCUCAAGUCAUUGAAGAACAAAGCAGAGUUGUGUCUGACGCAGUGUCUGGCCCAAGAUAAUGAGGAGGAUCGUGAGAUCGCCAAAGGGUUGCAGAACUUGCUCGACUUAGGGGACUACAUGGACACGGAUAUGACGCCCGAGGCAGAGUACGACAAAACGUGCAAAAUCAUCAUCCAUCAACUGGCAAACACCUUCUCCUCCAAACGACUCAAAGAUAUUCUUGUCGCCCGCUCCGACGCCGGCCGUACCGCCAUGAAAGGCCAUACCAGCAUGGAAUGUUGGUCUGACCUGGUACACACCGCCCAGCGCAUCCUGGCCUACCACGGUUCGGUACAGUACUUCUUCCGAGCCCGUGAUGAGUGGCCACAGCUCUUCCAAAGCAAAAUCGAAAUCCUCGUUCUUUUUUCAGGCAAUGUCCGAGACGCUCCGCGACGAAACAAGUCUUUCACAGCCAAGAGCAUCGUAGGCCGCAUGACGUCCAACAAAAAACUACUAACCAUCUUCAAGCGCUUCGUUGAAGAGUUGCAGCUCCUCGAUCUCGACGACAGGCUAGUAGAGGCCUACAAUACAAACACAGACAUGGCCGUGCACUCGGAAGUGCUGUUGCACCAUUGGCUCCUUACAGACCACGGGAAAGGCGAAAUUAAUCCGUCCAUGUUCUUCAACUCUUGGCCUUAUAUCGGUAGCAGCAAGCCUACCUGCAAGCUGUGCAAGUACUACUUUGAAGAGUCGCGCUCAGGCAUCGAAGCUCGACCUUCACACGGGAACAUGUACCCUAAAUGGCGAUUACCAGACGUCUACGACUCCCAUGACUCCGAAGCCGUCAAAAGGAGACAGGUCAUUUUAGAUCGGAUUCUACAGCGCGUCAGGACCGAAGUGUUUAACGCUAUCAAGAAAAAGCGCCCGCUGAACUAUAAACAAGAAGACUCGAACACUUGGUCGGCUACGAUGCAUCUCGAUGACCGCUGGACGCAGAAUCAUACCGAGACAGACGCUGGGACGAGGGCAGGAACGGUAGCGGAUUGGGCCGAGAACGCCUCUGUGGUUGUGCAUCGAGCGGAUGCGGAGCCGGCGCCGGGAAUUAUGAAUGAUGUUGAUAGUGUCGCAUCACUGGAUCCCGAAAAAGUUACUGUUGAUGACCUCCGGGGGUAUGCCCGGCGUGAAGGGGUUCCGGUUGAAGACGAGGUCGGUAUGCUUACCCAUGACGGCAUGGAGGGAGAUGAAGAGGAUGAGGAGGACGACGAUGAUGACGAUGUGGGAGGGGCGGUGCUCUAA